GAGGUCGGCAAGGUCAGCGAGCAGGGCUACGUCGAGGUGCCCCGCGCGGAGGCGCCCGCGCCGCAGAGCUCCGCCGUGGCCGCGGCCUUCGGCGGCGCGGCCGAGCUUGGAUCGCCCGCGGCGCCCCCGCGGCUUGCAGCGCCGACCGCCCGCGGCGGCGCAGCUGCAGCAGCAGCAACAGCAGCAGCAGGCCGUGCUGGACUCCUUCGGCAUGAUGUGAGCGGCCGGGGGCCGGCGCGCUGGGCCGAAUCGGCCCUGACUGGGCCGAAUCGGCCCUGA